AUGUCUAACCCUCACAUCAUACUUGAUCCUAAUAUUCACACUAAUUCCUCCAUAUUGCUUAGCUUUAACAACACAUUCCCUAAUCCAACAAAACAAGAAUGUCCAUUUUUAUCAACAUCACCAUCUCUUUCCUCAUCACCUAAUUCAUUGGAGUAUAAGGAUGAUUUUCCCUCAUCUUCCUUAGAUGAUAAUUUGCUUUCUCCUAAAUUCACUCUAGAUAAUUCAAUUUCUACAAGGCAUGUUAGUACUAUAUCAUCAACACUUGAUGAAUUUGAUCACAAGGAUAUGAUGUAUGGGUUCUCAAAUGAUUUUGUUGAGUUUGAUAUUGAUGAUUUCUUUCACCCUUUUAAUGGGUUUUCAUGA